GCGUAUUGUAUUGCUACUCAACACGCGGGUUGAUGUUACUUCAUUUUUCAGCAAAUGUUGUGAAUUUUAGACUUAAAUUAGUAAUAUAAUCGGCGUUACUUUCAUAUUUUUGUAAACAGAAAAUUGUAUUGUAAUGAAACCAAUUGUUUUAUUUGGCCACGAGCGAUCCAUCACUCAAAUCAAGUACAACCGUGAAGGGGAUCUGCUGCUGUCAUGUGCCAAGGAUAAUCAACCUUCGAUUUGGUACUCCCUCAACGGUGAACGGCUUGGAACAUUUAAUGGUCAUGGUGGUGCUGUCUGGUGCAUUGAUGCCAAUUGGGAUACAACACAAGUAUUGACAGGCUCUGCCGAUAACACCUGUCGGUUGUGGGAUUGCGAAACUGGUACACAAUUGAUGGAUUUUGAAAUGAAGUCGGCUAUCAGAACUUGCGGGUUUAAUUACAGUGCCCGUACAAUGAUGUUUUCAACAGACAGAACCAUGGGUCAAACAUGUCAGAUAAUGCUGUUUGAUACGGCAGACGGCAGUCAAGUCAAAAACAACAAGCCAUGUAUGGUGUUUGAUGUAGAGGGGCCAAAGGUCACAAGUGCCGUUUGGUUAGGAUUGGACAGUUACAUCUUAUCGGGUCAUGAAAAUGGUGAAAUUCGGCUUUAUGACAUCAAGGCAAGAGAUGUUGUGCAGACAGUGAAAGAACAUAAGAAUAGCAUUAAUGAUUUACAAAAGGGACGCAAUGACACGCUCAUCAUUUCGGCUUCGAAAGACACAACAGCAAAGCUUUUUGAUGCUACGACAUUAAACCACAUGAAAACCUUCAAGACGGAGCGACCUGUGAACUCCGCAGCAAUAUCUCCUUUUAGGGAUCAUGUUGCUCUUGGUGGAGGGCAAGAAGCUAUGGACGUCACCACGACAUCAACGAGGAUCGGCAAGUUUGAUGCUAGAUUCUUUCAUCUUGUGUUUGAGGAGGAGUUUGGCCGUGUUAAAGGUCAUUUUGGACCAAUCAACAGUGUGGCUUUUCAUCCAGAUGGUAAAGGGUACUCAAGCGGAGGUGAAGAUGGUUUUAUACGUAUGCAUACCUUUGAUGCACAAUACUUUGAAUUUGAAAUUGAAUAUUGAGUGGCUUUAGCAGAUUUUUGUCAACAAGAAGAUGGAUAACAACAACGCAAGAAUCAUGUUUGAAGACUGUUGUAUCAGGGCUGAAAAUGGUAAUGAUAUCAUUACCAUUCCAAAGAGUCAAACAAUUGUCUCCUUUUCAUCAGCGAUAUAAGUGGUAACAAUAUGAGUACAAUUCCUAGCAAUCAAUGUUACUGUUUCAGGUACAUCAGAACUAUAAUAAUUAUAUCAGCACCUUUCGAACAGUACAGUACAAUCUGUAAGUCAUUCAUUUAGGUUAUAAUACAGAAAUACCUAAAUGUACACUAAAGGGAAAUAGAGUGAACAAAAAUGAUAAGCGAAAAUAAAUGGAAUAAAAACAUUAAAAAUACAUAAAGCUUUCACAAUGUUGAUCAAUGGAUUUAAAAAAGGUAAGAGGUAGUCAGAUCUAGUGGUAUUUGUAGGUCAGUUGUGAUGUCAUCAUUUUUAUUUUGCAUAUAAUUUUCGUAUCCCCAAGCAGGCACUAAAUCGAUAUAUACUGUAGCGCCUGUUAUUAUUUGCAUGUCGUGUGCAAAAAUCUCAAAGCUGGGUUUUUACAUCGUGAUGAAUAUUUUUUUGCUAGGCCAAGCUCUAACGCACACAGCAAACCCAUAAAAUGUCGCUCUACAGAGCUAGUUAUCAAAAAAGGAGCCUAGACCACAGGCAAGAGGCCUAGAAAGGCAUAUUAUGGGUAUGAGAUACCAAGGUGAUUGCACUAGAUUGCACAUAAGUCUUGAAAAUGGCUUUUGUAAAAGAUAACAGGAAAAUAAGUUAAUCUCAUGGCAGGCUGAGGGUGACUUCAUUGAAUUUGCCUAGAAUACAAGGGGGAAAUUAAAACUGGUUUUGGAGUAUUUGAGGCAUAUAUACUUUAAGUCUGAAAUAAAAUAUCCUAACUUUUACUUUGGUGGAGGGCAGAAAUGUUGAAUAAGCCCCUUGGCGCCACCUAGAUUAAAUAAAAAUGUGAUUGUUAUUGUCAAGUUUCCUUCUUUAGGCAUUGAUACUGUAUAUGCUGUGCACUUAAUAGCAUUCAAAGAAUAACAUUUUUCAGCUAAUAAUGGGUUAUUCAAAAUACUGUUUGUGAAAGGUGCCCUCAAAAUUUACAAUAAUUAUGAGGUAUUAGUGAAGCCAUUCUAUUAGCAAAGAGUACAUACUCUUCUUUACUCUUUGCUACAAUCAAUAAAUAAUUUUCACAAAAGCGAUACUUUUUCUUUCCUUUAACUUGUUGAGCAUUAACUAAGCUUCGUUAACAUUUCUGUUUCCAGAGCGUACAGUAGGCAAAUAUUAUAGAUGAUUAAAUCUGAUGAACAUUUAUGUAAAAAAUAAAUAAAUAAAUAAAAAUGAAUAAAUUUUCAUAAAAGGUAAGUUUGCCAAAAGAAA